AUGAAGCAAUUCUUCGAGGGUUUGCUAAAAGCUUCAUUUACUGCGUUUGAGGGGAAAAUUGUACAACAGGUCUCCGAUAGAAUUGACAAGAUUGAGACAGAGGUAACAAGCAGGCUCGGGAAGUUGGAGAGUGAGUUUUCACAGCUCAGGACCGCGUUAGUCCUCUCCGAAAUAGCAGGAAAGAGUGAUCAACAUACCGGUUCUAGCAAGAGUAGAGUAGACACAGCUCAUGCUUUCUCCCAAAAAGACACAGUUUCUGCCUUCUCCAAGAAAGACAGCGCUCCUGCGAAGACCAAAAAAGUCACAGGUCCACAAACAAGAAAGGUAACGAAUAAGAGAAAGGGUUAA